AUGCCCUUGUUGGGAAAGAGGGAGGGUGAGUUACCAGUGGGGCUCUCAGCUUUCAAGUACUGUUCUGCUUUUUCCUCCAAAGACAAAAGCACACAAAGGGGCUGAGAGCCGGGCAAAGCAAAGGAGAGGAAUAUGCAGCUGAUGUCUCUGAUACCCACAGCUAGGUUUCAGUCCAAUUAAACCAGGCAGCUAAGUCAACUCUUACUAGACAGAGGCCAAAAAGAUAAAGAUAGAAAAGAGUCUAGAAAGGGGUGGAAAGUUGGAAACUACCCAGGGGAGGGACCGUCUGAACCACAGGAUGUCCCAGGCUGCUGUUGAAUAAUGUAAAAUCUCCCCUUGCAGCAUGGCAGGGCUUUUUUUUUUUCUUUCUUGCCCAAGAAUGAUUGCGACAGACAUGUGAACCUUUCAGAGUAACAGCUGUGUUAGUCCGUAUUCUCAAAAAGAAAAGGAGUACUUGUGGCACCUGAGAGACUAACCAAUUUAUUUGAGCAUAAGCUUUCGUGAGCUACAGCUCACUUCAUCGAUGAACAUGGAAAGGGCAGAAUGCUGGCAGGCUCCCAAGCACCUCCACUCCCUUCCCAGCCCCACCUCUGGGACCAUUUAAAUCCCAGGUGGCUCAGCUCGGGGCAUUCAGACCCAGCUCUCUGACAGCACCAUGAAGUCAGUGGGCAUCCUCCUCCUCUUGGGGCUCCUCACCCUCUGGACGGAGCUAGGCAGCAGCGAGGUUAGUACAGAGGUGAAACCUGGCACCUGCCCGCCAGAUUACAUAAGGUGCAUUCGGGCAGAGCCUAAUAAGUGUGCCAGGGAUUCUGAGUGCAGAGGAAAACAGAAGUGCUGUCAUUUCUUUUGUGCCAUGCGCUGCGUGGACCCAGAAAAAGUGAAACUUGGGACGUGCCCACCAGAUAACAUAAGGUGUGCUUGGGCAAACCCUAAUGAAUGUGCCAUGGAUUCUGACUGCAAAGGAAAAAUGAAAUGCUGUCAUUCCCAUUGUGCCAUGCGCUGUGUGUACCCAGAACAAGGUAUGUAACACAGCUAACGCUGA